AGCGAGUAUUGACUGUUUUUGCUGUCAUUUAAAUGCAUUCAAUCAAUACGUUUAUAGCGAUCAUUAAAAAUGGUUUAAUUGUUUCGCAAAAAGCAUACAAUCAGUGAGUGAUUGGCGCGAAGAAGUGGCGGAUCAGUUGGUGGUGAGCGACAAUCGGUGUGGCCUUCACUCCAAACCUAAGUCCAGAUUUUGAUUAAUUGAAGCGUUAAUUGCUUUCAAUUCAUUCAUUCAUUCAAUGCCUAUAUCUUUAUGUAUUGAUUGAGUGAUCAAAUGAAUAGUGAAUUACAUGUGUAUCGCAAUCACAGCUGACAUACCAUUCAAAUGCCUUUAGUCUAUAGACAAGUGUUUUGUUAAUGAGUUGUUUUAGCACAUCGUCGAUGACAGCAGUUAUUAAUUAAUUAUAAAUCAAUUAUUAAUUAGUCUAUUAAACCGUUUAUUUGUUUUGUUUGCAAUUGAAUGACACAUACAAUGCAGAUAUGUAUUGGAGAUAAACGUUAAGCGAGACUAUUAUUACACUGUUUUGUGAUAAGAAAUUACACAAAAGUCUUAAUCAUCGCAUUUGUAAGCAUUGUCUGAGAGACUCAACUGUUGAACAUAUGAAAUGAGUUUUGUUUGAAAACUUUGCCUCAAUUGUUGUACUUAUAAACUGGCGGUCAGUUUACUACUUGUGAUACCAUAAGAGCUGAUCCCCGAAACUCGGAGACAAUGUCGACGAACGGCUAUAAGUGGAAAGAGGUGUUCAAAGAGCUGAAAGUGGAGCCCUUCCUCUUCCUCUACAUGUUCUCAUUCUCGUUGUCGUCGCUGUCGAUCUCGCAGCUGAUCCAAGACAAACUGUGUCGCUUCACGUACGACAUGUCCCCGCAGUACUGCAUCGAAAUCAAUUCGCCAGAGUUUGAUCACAGCGCCGAUCCCAUCAAGAGUCAGAUACUCACCGAUUCCGGGUAUCUCACGCUUUACCGGAUGAUCAUAUCGACCAUUCCCUGCACCGUAUGGUCGCUGUUCAUCGGCUCGUGGAGUGAUAAAUACAUUCACGGCCGCAAAAUUAUCAUGUUGUUCGGAUGUAUUGGCGCUAUACUCGAAUCCAUGGCGUUGAUCAUCAAUGCGGUCGCCUUUGACACCGACGUAUACCUGUCUCUGUUUUCAUUCCUGCCGUCGGCACUGUUUGGCGGUGUUGUGGCGACACUGAUGUCCACAUAUGCCUACUGUUCCGCAAAUAGCGAUCAAAGGACAAGAGCUAUACGUUUCGCGUGUCUGGAGGUGUGCUUUUGGUUGCCUCAGCCGUUCGGGUCGUUUGUCGGCGGACAGAUUCUCGGCGACGGCAACAAUAAAAGCGAUCAACAACUCUAUCAUUAUAUCGCCGUAUUUAUCGUGUCAUUAUGCGGUCAAUUAGCAGCACUUAUAUGGGUGUUAAUCGUGAUCAACGAGAAGCCCAAAGAGCCGCCGUUCGGGUCGUUUGUCGGCGGACAGAUUCUCGGCGACGGCAACAAUAAAAGCGAUCAACAACUCUAUCAUUAUAUCGCUGUAUUUAUCGUGUCAUUAUGCGGUCAAUUAGCAGCACUUAUAUGGGUGUUAAUCGUGAUCAACGAGAAGCCCAAAGAGCCGGUCAUCUGUAUAGUGAACCGCGAAUUGUUUGAGUCGAGCUCUGCCGACGUGUCCAUCAACGAAGACGUUGAGAUCCGAUCGGUGGAGUCCAUCAGCGACACAGUGGGUCGCCAUCUGAGACAACUCUUCGACAUAAGUAAUGUGAUGGACAUCUUUCACACGUGUGUCAAACGGCGGGCAAACAAAGUGCGAACCCAGAUAUGGCUAUUAAUGCUGUCCAUCUGUUGCGUGAUGUUGUCAUACAUGGGAUCAAUGAUAAUCCUAUGGCAAUACGUGGAGAAGUUGUACAGUUGGCGCGCGAAGGACUACUCCAACAUCAACUCAUUGGUUACGGUGUUUACCAUCAUUUCGAUGGCCAUUAUUAUACCUGUGUUUAUGAAGAAAAUGAAAGUUCGUGAUAUGCUAUUA